GGAGGGUCUUCCCAUCCCUCUUGUGAAGUGCUCACUUGGAGUUCAGUGCUGAGUGCCUGGAGCUGAGCUCAUGUCAAGUUUCUGUGACUUCUUCUUACUGAAGACUGGAAAGGAUCCUUGGAAAUCCUCAAGCAUAACAAUGGAGACAGUGACCUUUGAGGAUGUAGCUGUGAAGUUCACCCCAGAAGAGUGGGACUUGCUGACUCCAUCCCAAAAGAAGCUCUACAGAAGAGUGAUGUGGGAAACAUAUAUGAAUAUUACUGCAACAAGAAGAAUAUGGAAUAAUCAGCAAAUUAAGGAAGAGGACAAAAAUUGCUCAAGUAGUAUAAGAUGUGAUGAAGGCAAUUAUUUGAGAAUUGAAGAGCAGCCAUAUAAAUGUAAUGAAGAUGUAGAGACCUGCAGUGAUUUACAGUCCUUUUGGAAGCAUGAAAUGAGGAAGACUGUAGAGAGACCUUGUGAAUAUGGGCAAUAUGAGGAGGAGAGAUCUGAUAUUAGUGAACAAACACUCGCUGGGCAGAAAAUUUUUGCAGGUAACAAAUGUGUCAAAGCCCACACAACACCUAACAGUGUUCAAACCCCCAAGACAAACCACGAUUCAGGAAACUCGUAUGUACAAAAACACUAUGAGAAUAAUUCUAAUUCUUCAUCCAAUAUUGAAAAACCUGUUAGAAAAUAUGGUAUAGAGAAAGAUCAUAUAACUGAAAAAUGUGCAAAAGCAUUAUUUCACAGUAAUAUCUUUAAAAAACAUAAGAAACUUCACACUGGAAAGCAACCAUAUGAAUGCAAGCAAUGUGGGAUAGCAUUCAAUAAACUCAGUGGCUGUCAAAGUAAUAAAAACAUUCACACUGGGGAGAAAUCCUUUGCAUGCAACAAAUGUGGGAAAGCAUUCAGUACAGCCUCUGCUUGUGAAGUACAUGAUAGAAUUCACACUGGGGAGAAACCCUUUGUAUGCAAGCAAUGUGGGAAAUCUUUCAGUCAAAAUCGUGACCUUAUUACACAUGAAAUUAUUCACACUGGGGAGAAACGCUUUGCAUGCAACAAAUGUGGGAAAGCAUUCAAUCAAAAGUCUAUCCUUAUUAGACAUGAAAGAAUUCACACAGGGGAUAAACCUUAUGUAUGCAACAAAUGUGGGAAAGCAUUCAAUCAAAAGUCUAUCCUUAUUAGACAUGAAAGAAUUCACACAGGGGAUAAACCUUAUGUAUGCAACAAAUGUAGGAAAGCAUUCAAUCAAAAGUCUAUCCUUAUUAGACAUGAAAGAGUUCACACAGGGGAUAAACCUUAUGUGUGCAACAAAUGUGGGAAAGCAUUCAAUCACGCAUCUGCUUGUAAAGCACAUGAUAGAAUUCACACUGGGGAAAAACCCUUUGUAUGUAAGCCGUGUGGGAAAUCUUUCAGUCAAAAGUCUAACCUUAUUAAACAUGAAAGAAUUCACACAGGGGAUAAACCUUAUGUAUGCAACAAAUGUGGGAAAGCAUUCAGUACAUCCUCUACUUGUAAAGUACAUGACAGAAUUCACUCUGGGGAGACACCCUUUGUAUGUAAGCAAUGUGGUAAAUCUUUCAGUCGAAACAGUGACCUUAUUAAACAUGAAAGAAUUCACACAGGGGAUAAACCCUAUGUAUGCAACAAAUGUGGGAAAGCAUUCAAUACAUCCUCUGCUUAUAAAGUACAUGACAGAAUUCACUCUGGGGAGAAACCCUUUGUAUGUAAGCCAUGUGGGAAAUCUUUCAAUCAAAAGUCUAACCUUAUUAGACAUGGAAGAAUUCACACAGGUGAUAAACCCUAUGUAUGCAACAAAUGUGGGAAAGCAUUCAGUACAUCCUCUGCUUGUAAAUCACAUGAUAGAACUCACAUUGGGGAGAAACCCUUUGUAUGUGAGCAAUGAGGGAAAUCUUUCUGUCAAAGCAGUCACAGUAUUAUUCAUGAAAGAACUCACACUGGAUAGAACAUCUAUGGUACAACCAAUAUGCCAAAACAGACAGUAUGCAGAAGUGCUAAAAAUAAACCCUUUCCAUUGAAGUAAGCAAUUUGUGAUGUAUUUUAGCUAUAAUAGUAGCUUUCUUGUAUAGAAGAUAAUUCACUCUAUAAAAAUUCCCUAUCUAUAUGAGAAAUGAGUAAAUGGAUUUGUUUAUACAUUCUCACUAUACAAAACCAAAUAUCCCACACUGGGAAAAAAAUCCCAUGAACAUAAGGAAUAUAGGAAGACUUUCCAUACCAUUGAGAUUGCCACUACGUUUAAGAACUCCCUCGGUGUAGUAAUUCUAUGCAUUUGAACAAUGGUAGAUCGUAUGUAGCACACAAAAAUGCCAUAGGGAAAUUUUGCACACAAGGAAGAUAUCCUAUAUAUGUAGGCAGUAUGGCAAAGAUUUGCUGCAGUGUUUCCCUUUGGCAAACAUAAGAUUCCUCUCACAUUGGGGAGUAACUGUAUGUAAGAAAGAUUUGGUAGACGUUCAGCUGACAGCUGCUAACCUUCUGAGUGAUGUCAUACUAUGUCCCGAGGUUAUGUAUGCAAUGUGGGAAAGCACUCAGUAUACAUGGCUGUUGUCAAAAGUGUGAAAGUAAUCCUAGUUAAGGGAAAUCAUACAUAUGUAAGGGACUAUUCUGAAAAUAAUUUCAAAAUUAGUCAUGUAGAGGAGAUCUGCCAAAAUAUUAUAAAAUAAUUUCUGUCAAUAUAUAUUCAUACAUUUUUGAAGACAACCUGAAACAGAAUCAUCCUAAAAUAUUUUUGUCUUGUUUUACAAAUUACACAUAAAUAUUUUAUCUGUCUGUAGUCUUAAUAAAGAUGUUGCACUUUUUAAUGAAAAUUUAAGUAUGCUAUAUCAUUUUUUCCAAGUUUUGAACCGCACCUGUCUUGUUUUGAUGGAUGACAUCAAAUUAUCUCAUGACAAUUUUUCCCAUCAGAAUCUGUAACUCAUAUCAGUUUACCAAGAAGUGUAUAUACAUUCAUAUUCAAAUUAUGCUUGUAUUCAUGGCCUGUAUCCAUGUAGCCAUCCUAAUGUUAAGAUAUACCAUCACAAAUGCAAAGGCAGACACAUUCACUGUCAGAAACAAGAAUGAAAUUAAAUUAGGGAGAAAUCUUAUCAUGCAAGACAUUUAGAAACAUGUUCAGUAUACAAACAUGUUAUAAAAAACAUGAUAGAACUCUCAGUAGGGAGAACGCCUAUAUAGGUGCAUAAUGUGGAAAAUCUUUCAAUCAAUAUUGUAAUGUUGUCCAUAAAAUAAUUCACAUGGGAGAAAACUUAUAUAAGUCGUAACUUAAAAUCUCUGCUGAUAAUCCACAUUUUCUAGACCUAGAAGAUCCCACAUAGAGAAAAAACUUCAGUAUGUAAGCUGUGUGGGAAAUCUACCAGCCAAGCCCAUAGUUUGUAAAUGCAUUAAAGAUUUCACAAUGGGAAGAAACCCUAUGUAGGUAAGCAACUUGGGAAAACAUUCAGUUCGUUUUGUACUUGAUGAACACAUGAA